UAAUUGCCUAAAAUCAAAUAACAACUUGUUAUUAUCAAAUAAUAAAUUAACGCAAUUUUCAAUGAAAUUUCGAGAUAGAACUCAUGAAAUAACAGAAAUCUUCAAUACAGCUCGAAAAGUCUUAAGUUGAGUUCUGAAAAUCUAAAGCCAAAUUUUUUUAGUAUAACAAAUGGAUGUUUGAACGAUUAAGAUUUCGACUUUGAAUAUAUUAAUUCGAGUUUUGAAAGACUCAAGUUUUUCAAACAUAUCAAAUCAACUUUAAAAACAUUGAAAUUUAGUUCUCAAUAAUUUGACUUACGUCUUCCAAAUAUCAAAUUAACAUAUUCGGCGUCCCCAAAUAAACUUUUGAGACUUGUAUAAAAUUUUUGAAGAACUUAAAACAAGAUUUCGUAAAGUUUCUUCUCUAAAUUUGUUGCACCUGAGAACAAGACUUUUUACUUUCAGGUACAUGAGAUGGUAAUUGAGAGUUUCGAGUGUCCACUUCAUCCACUUGUUCCCCUGGGAAUUUUGUCCAAUGACGUCCACGUUUUUUUUGAAGAGAGACUGUUACACUUACGCAUUAAAUUGCAGCUCACGUCAUACAAAUGACAAACCGCAACCAAUGGGCACUCUACCUAUUACUCCCCCAUUGACUGGCGCUUAUGGGAAUAUGAAAACUUCCCAAACUGUUUGUAGAAGCUGAAUAACACUUGUUCGCCAGUUCCAUCGCGACGACUGGGUGAUAAGGGCCGUUGUUCCACGCCGAUAAUUCACAAUGUUGUGUUCAUUGUCCCAUAAUUUAUUUCUAAAUGGCAUUUUCAUAUUUUAUUUCAUAUGCAAUAGCUCAGUGACUGGAGCAAGUGGUUCCAUAAUUGAAGAUGAGUACUCUGAUGGGUACACUCGACAGUUCCACUGUUGCGCGAAACAUGAGAAAAAAAUCGGCGUUGGACAUGGUAUCUCAGGGGAAAUUAUUACCAUUGAUGCGGGUUUAUGCAGAAAAAUUUGUCCUAGACAUAAUACUGAUGACCCCGGAGAUCCUAGUAGACCUGCAGUUCAAAGGUGUCCUCUUCAUUACCAGUGUCAUCCUCGAACAGCUCGGAUGGAGCGAAUCUCCACUCUCCAAGGAGUAAAAAUAAUAGAAACUAUCAACACUUGUGACUGCUGGCCAGAAUCAGGAUGUACACGAGUUUCAUACGAGCAAUUGGUUCACUCUGGGACCCCGUAUCAAGUAGCAAUGGACAUCGGGCGAUGUCUGGGAUCAUGUUCAAAAUUGCUGACGUGUAAACCUUUAAAAAAUACUACAGUCAGCAUCAAGGGACCCAACGGCGAUGAAAUUUACCAAAUUAUUGACAAAUGCGCCUGUGCCAAUAAUUGCCACAGAAUGGACAGAAUCGAGAGUGUCCUUGAUUAUAGUCAACUGGAAAUUAAGCAGGGAAUCAACACGAGUGACGUGAAACCAGUUAUCAGGCAUAUAAACGUCGGCGAGUGUGUGGGUUCUUGUCCAGGCAAUGAAACUGAGACGUGCCUUCUCAGGGAUAAAAAAGAACCGACCAAAUGCCUAGCGGCUCUUUAUUCUAAACAUCAUAAUUGUACACCAGCCAGGUUUAAAGUUCAUGAAUACAGGACACGCAGAGGCUCCAAACGAGAAAUCAUCCAAAUAACUGAUUGUGCCUGCGUAUGAAGGCAUCAAAAUCUCCACAAGACUUGAUAUUG